AGGUUAUAUUGUGGUUUUUGGCCAUGUACCAUGUUAAUACCAUGGCAUUAUCCUAGGUACCUAGGAGGAGUGCAAUUUAAAAACCAAAAGCAUUUGGUAAUCAUUCGGUAGUAUGGCAAUAAUGGCAUAUCCUACUGUGGCAGUACCAUAGUAUAGUGACAGUAUCAGAUGCCAAUAUGGUAUUUUGAUAUAUGCAUUUACGUGGUAUUCCAAAGGUACUUCUAAGAAUACCAUUACUACUGUGGCAUAUGUCCAAAAUCAGGCACCUUUUUAAAAUCAAAAUAACAUCGUAUUAUCAUCUGAUACCAUUACUUUACCAUAGUACAGCCACAGUCAUUUUUGUUAGGAUAAACUGGGCUAUGUAGAAGCACUUGAUUCUUUGAAGCCAUUGAGUUUAGGUACAAAUGCAUUUGUCAUGUAGACAAUCCCCACUAUUAUGAAUGUGUCACACGUGAGUGUUCACAUAACUUGUUUGGAACUGGGCACAGUGAGCACUCAUACUCCACCCCUGCUCCAUAUAAUUACUCCACCUCCUCAAAGACUCCUGCCCCUUACCCACGAGCUGUCCACGCGCUCUGAGCAGACUGUCAUUGGCCCGAGUGGACGCAAACAGCCUGUGUGUCCUAUGAGAGAGACGCGCUUGGGUCGAUCCACGGGGCGCAUGUGGGUGUCCAGCACCGAUGCCCAUAUCUGUGUCCAGCUCGCAUCAUCAGCAGAGCGGCCGUGUGAACUAUAUAACCACCCACUCCCACUCAGUGUUUACUGACAGAUCAGAGUCACCAACAGAUUACCAAAACAUCUAAUCGAAAAUAAUAUUACAAGAGAAAAUAACACCAGCAGUACUGGUGAGCUUGUUGCAGAACUGAUCCAUUCAGUUACUUUGAUAACCGAAAAGAGACCGUUAAUAAAACUACUGGAAUUCUUAUUCGCAAAAUUAAUAUAACAGCAAAAUGGGCGUACUGACAAAGAAACCCAAGACCUUCGAGGUUCAGUUCAGUGACCCAAAAAAGAGCAAGUAUAGCGGCGGAGAUAAAGUGGCCGGGCGGGUGGUCGUGGAGGUGGCGGAGGUGGUACAGAUUUCCGCCGUUAAGCUGUUCGGAAUCGGAUGCGCUAAAGUCGAUUAUAAUAAAGGAAAGCUGCACUGCAGAGAGGAGAUUGACUACCUGAAAUAUGAAGAAAUUCUUCACCUCGAUCAUCAGCCAACAGAUGCAGAUGGCUCCAUCACUCUCAGGCCUGGAAACAAAUACGAGUUCAUGUUUGGUUUUGAACUUCCUCAGGCAGGGUGCCUAGUUUCCUCGUAUGUGGGAAAGUUUGGCAAAGUCCAGUACUACGUGAAGGCUGUCAUAGAGAAAUCAGGUCAGCCGUAUGGGGAAUGCAAGCGAUAUUUCGAUGUAGAGGAACCCAUUGAUGUCAAUACCCAAGAGCUCAUGGCUCCAGUUACAGGAGCAAAACACAAGAAAGUCACCUGCAUGUUUAUUCCCGAUGGCAGUGUUUCCGUGGCCGCUCGCAUAGGCCGGAAGGGUUACAGCGAAGGAGAAGACAUUUGCAUUGACGCUCAGUUCGAGAACGCCUGCUCUCGGAUCGUCGUUCCUAAAGCCGCCAUCAUAGCCAAGCACAUUUAUCUGGCGAACGGCCGCACCAAAGUGUUUCAAGAGAAACUCACUUCUGUCAGGGGCGACCACAUCAUAUCUGGCAUGCGUGAUGUGUGGCGGGGGAGAGUCGUCCGUGUGCCCAAGCUAAAGCCCACAAUCCUGGGCUGUGAUAUUAUCCACGUUGACUACUCUCUAAGGAUCUCAGUGCACAUCCCAGGAAGUGAGAAGCUGAUCCUAGAACUGCCUCUGGUCAUCGGGACGAUCCCCUACAACGGCAUGAACAGUCGCACUAGCAGCAUGAGCAGCCAGGAUGGCAGUGCCACCUCCAGCGCCUGCGUAUCGCUCCCAUCUUCUCCGCCUAGUUACAGCGAGAUCUCCCGGGAUAACCGCAUGGAUAGUUCCUUCAUUCCUCUCCUGGAUGAUUACGACGAGGAUGACAGUCCUAUCUUCAUGCGCAUUAGCGAGUAUCAGCUUCCACCCCCCCCAGCAUACACUGAGAACUGAGGCUGCAUUGGCAAUGGAGUUCUUCUUCACUUGCUGCCACAAAAUAUUAAACUCCAGUGGAAGAUCAAAUGCAGGAAGAUACAGAUCAUGCUUUACUGCAGAGUUGUGGACUUUGUAACACUGUGUCACAUCAAGAACUGGUUGAUUGCAAGUCGGUGAAGUCGUCUGAAGAUGUUUUACUGAAUCACAGGACAGUUUUUCUGAUGUAAGAAUCCAACUCUUGAAAAUGACCAUUGAUGUUUUAAUGUUUAAUUCUGAAGUACCCUCAGCAUCUGAGGGAGUUUGUACAUUUAUGAUUUUGCCAUAUUGGUGUAAAAUUCUGUCUGCUCUUAUUCCAAAUGGGAAAUUAUAGAGUGUUUGUGGCAGAAAAAUGUUCAGAUUAAAGGGACAUUUUGUUUUUUGUGAUACACAAAAAUGUGAUGCAGUUUUGUGAGGGGAAAAAAUUGUAGUUAUCAUGGUGAGCUAUCUGUUUGCUGUUGAUCUAUCACAAUCCUAGCAGCAUGUGUAUUUCUAAUGUAAUAUAGAAUCAGAAUAUGCAUUUAUAUAGAAUGUCUAUAUAUAGUCAGUUUUCAUAUAGUCUACAACAGAGUAUUAGUGUCAAAUUAAUCCAGCUUGAAAUUGAUUGUUAUGUGCAUUUUGUACUCCUGAUUUUUUUUAUUUGAACUUCUUGUUCUACAAAUAACAUUUUAAGAAUACAAUAAAAGUUGAAAUUAUAAAAUGCAA